GUGAGAGACAUCUGGGGGGUGGGAAUGAAGUGGUGAAUGAGGCAGAGAAAGUCUGAGGAGCACCACUGCUCGCCUCGUUCAUUCACAAAACAAACGCAGGAAGGCGUUAGAGGAAGCUGGAGGAGAGAGAGAGAGAGAGAGAGAGAGAGAUCCGCAUAACAGGAGGCAGUGCAGCAACAGAGCAUGCGAGUCCCCCGAGAAGAAGGUUAACCGCAAACGCAGAGAUCCUCACAGAUGCCACAGACUCACACACCCUUGAGUGGAAACCAGAGGGCUCCUGGCACAGGGGGUCCCGACAGAUGCGGCGGUCCCCGCGCAGGGCCCUGGGCUCGGCCCUCAGGUGGCUGGGGGUGAAGGUGUGCCGCAGGAGCGCGCUGUUGCUCGUCCUCGUGUGGCUGGCAUCCUGGCUCUUCCUCAACGGCCUGGUGUUCGUGCACAGGAACAUGUUCUCAGACUUCUGCACUGACGACAAGAGCAAAGAGAUCCUGCGGAGGGUGUGUGACGAGUAUCAGCAGGGCGUUCUGAGCGGUGACCUCUGUGAUGACCUCUGCGUGGCCGGUCGCGUGGAAUACAAACGUUGCCUUUAUUACGAGAAUGGCAAGAAGGUGAUGGCGGCCAGCUGGCGCGGGGUGCCUGUCGUCCUCAAGUCCAAGCUGGAGAACUUCUCCUCCUACGAGGCUUUAGCUCUGCUGGAGUACCAGGACGGGGCCGGGGGAACGGGCGAGGAGGAGCUCUCGCCUCUGGAUGUGGUCUUCUACGCCACCCUGGAGAUCAAGAACUCGCUCGGCCUGGAGACGGGAACUAACUUGACGCUGCCCCGCUUGUGGGGUCAGAAGCUGAAGGAGAGCGAGCGCACGUACUCGCGAGCUGAGCUGGCCUCGCUCUGGGCUCUCCUUCAGCAGGAGGAGUACAUCUUCCUCAGGGUCCUGCAGGAUUUGACGCACCACGUGGCCAAGAUCCUGGGCUCCUGUGGACACUUCUAUGCCGUGGAGUUCUUGGCCGCCGGACACGCAUGGGACCAACAAAUCUUCUCUCUGGAGGAACUGUCACUGAGCGCCUCGCCGAGCCCCGGGAGCGGACGGGACGAGAUGUUCACCGCCGGGGACAUGGUUCCCCGAGUGGCUCUGAGCUUUCUGGAGAUGGUGGAGCAUUUCGAGAAUGACUUUUCACACCGCUUACACCUCUGUGAUAUCAAACCGGAGAACUUUGCCAUCAGGAAGGACCUGACGGUGGUGGCAAUAGAUGUGGACAUGGCUUUUUUCGAGCCCAAAAUGAGAGACAUACUUGAGCAGAACUGCACCAGUGACAAUGACUGCAACUUCUUUGACUGCAUUUCCAAGUGUGACAGAACUAAAAACAGAUGCGGGCCGAAACGCCAAAACAGUAAUCUUCAGGUGAUCUGUGAGAAGAUCUUCAGGCCGUGGUUUUCUCCCACGCUGCUGGGCGCUAAAGCGGGUCUCCCCCUGCAGGUGGCGCUGCAGAGAGCCGUUCAGGAGUGCGCGGAGAUCGGCGAGGGCAGGCGUGCCGUGAGACAGCGGCUUCGGGCUCUGCUCGUGGAGCUCGCUCAGGAGGACUCGGGAAACCAGGCGGAAGGCCAGGAACACAAGAUGGGACGCGUCCACACGGCACUUAACUUCUAAAUAAACUCUCCAAAGAGCAAAUUGAGUCAUGUGCAAUUCUGGAGAGCAUCUCAGAUGACUAUAAAACCAACGCGCACAAUCACCAGAUUACAACACGUCACUUACAACCCAAUUCGUACGUAUUUUACGAGGUGGCUAAUUCGUACGAAUGACCUACCUCUGAAUCUGACAAAUCGGUAUGAGUGAGGUCUUACAAAAUUAGCCACCUUUUAGUCGCUCGUAUAGCGUUGUCACUUCUCAGACAUUCCACGACCAGAGAAACGUCCAAACAACUUGAUCUAAUUGACCUAUGGAUAAGCCACGCCCCCUCCACUCACUCUGACACAGAGUCAACAUUCGGGGACUGGCAGCGGUCACAGUAGGAGACAUUUCACAGGAGGCCAUUGGUGAUUUAUGGAGACAGAAAGAUCUGGAAGUCACCUAAAGGGCUUAACUAUGUAUUGGAGGGUUAUAUUCAUAAUUUUAUUGUUGAGAAGGUCGAUGAAAAGCUUCAGCUCCAGGCAAAAAUGUACAGGUCACAGUGUAAACGUGAUAAACCGCAUUUCGUUGCCAUCAGCAUUUGGUGCUACAGCAUUUACAUCAAUCAUUGUUAUCGUUUGUUAUUAAGGUUAUUUACAGAUGCGUUAAUGAAGCUAAGUGACAUGAUUUACAACGCAGCUAGAAGCUAACGUUGAUGUUUAUGUCUAACAUUAGAGAUU